GUGCUACGAUCCCUCAGUAUACCAGACCCCGACAUCGUCGUUGGCUAUAAUUGGAAAUCGAUACGUGGAAAUCAUAAAAUUGCUUUCGAUGAGUUGCCAGACAGUCUCAAGUUCGCGUUCCCCAUAGUCGUGGAUGGACAUUUUGCUUUUCCCUUCUCUUCGGUCGAGAUGAGAAUCGACGCAAAGCAAGGCCCUCUCUGGAACCUCCAGUUGGCCGCCUUAAUGCUCCCAGGUCUGCGAUACUUCUACCAAAAGGCCUACGGAAAAAACGACGGAGCCGACAAGUUCGACGGGAAGGUACGAGUACUUAUGGCUACGAUCAGUCGCAGCGAUGUGAACGUAUUCGGACACUGGACGAACAGCGACCUAGGAGAUCCGAACGUUACUCACGAGCACUUUCUUAUUAAAAAGUGGCACUUCGAAGAAAUGGAAGAGUUAUAUGUGGCACGACAUGGUUUAGAGACACUCUGCAAGUGGAUUGCUCCUGGCUUGCAAGAAUUGGCCAAGGCUUGA